CCCUCCCUCCCUCUCUCUCUCUCUCUCUCUCUCUGUCUCUUCAAGUCCCACAGAAAACGACCGCCAAAGCGCCCACACUUUCUUCGUUCUCUGCCUCUGCAGUCCCCUGCAUACAGAAGGAAAGGGAAAGCAAGAGAGAGAAUUUUUCAGCCGAGGCUUUAGAGGGGGAUGGGAAAUGGAAAGGGUUUAAUUUGUUGAGAGAAAAGAAGAGGGAAUCUUUGUCUUAUGGCAUGCCUGAGGAAGAAGAAGCACUUCAUUGAACCCCUCCUGAUUGACGAUUCUGCCCUUUUCUUGGCCCACCCCACCAACCCACUUGGAGAUCUUUAUCAAAAACUCAAUCCUUUGUUUCUGAUUUUCUCUCCGACGAAAUGAAACGCUUGUGGGUCGUUCUCCAGUUUCUUACCAUGCUCCUGGUCUCCUUCUUCCCAAUUGCCUCUCUUACAGUGCAAGGAUUCACUGGAACCUAUGGAAUAAAUUAUGGGAGAAUUGCAGAUAACAUCCCGUCACCUGAUCAAGUUGUUACUCUUCUCAGAGCAGCAAAAAUAAAAAAUGUAAGAAUUUACGAUGCUGAUCACAGUGUCUUACAGGCCUUCAGUGGAACUGGGCUUGAAUUAGUGGUUGGACUUCCAAAUGGAUUAGUGAAAGACAUGAGUGCCAGUGAGGAUCAUGCAAUGACCUGGGUUAAGGAUAAUGUGCAGUCAUUCCUUCCCGAGACACAAAUUCGUGGCAUUGCUGUGGGCAAUGAAAUUUUAGGAGGGACUGAUUCUGAGCUGGCGGCAGCUCUUGUGGGUGCAGUGAAAAAUAUUUACUCUGCCAUAGAGAAGCUUCAUCUAACUGAUGUGGUUCAGAUUAGCACAGCACAUUCAACGAAUGUUUUUGAUCAUUCCUACCCUCCUUCUUCUUGUACAUUCAAAGAAAAUGUUGUUCAAUAUAUGAAGCCGCUCCUGGAGUUCUUCUCGCAAAUUGGUUCUCCUUUCUGUUUAAAUGCUUACCCAUUCCUGGCCUAUGUGUAUGAUCCAGAGAAUAUAGAUAUUAAUUAUGCUCUUUUUCAGUCAAACCCGGGAAUUUAUGACCCAAAAACUGAUCUGCAUUAUGAUAACAUGCUUGAUGCAAUUAUUGAUGCGGGAUAUGUGGCUUUGGAAGAUGCUGGAUUUAAAAAGAUGGAAGUCAUAGUUACGGAGACUGGAUGGGCUUCGAAUGGAGACACCAAUGAAGCUGCAGCCACACCAAAUAAUGCAAGGAUAUACAACUAUAAUCUGCGGAAAAGGCUUGCAAAGAGGAAAGGAACCCCUCUUAGGCCAAAAAGGGUGUUGAAGGCAUACGUUUUUGCAAUAUUUAAUGAAAAUUUGAAGCCUGGGCCAACUUCUGAGAGAAAUUUUGGACUGUUUAAGGCUGAUGGGAACAUCUCAUAUGAUAUUGGGUUUCAUGGACUUAAAUCUUCAGCUGCAGAUGCACUGCUUUUUUCGUUGAAGGAUAUUCGAGCAUGGGGCUGGUCCAGGUCCAACUUCGUGGUAUCAGCAAUCUCUGCAGUGGCACUGCUUCUUUUCUUAAGAUAAUGAUUGAACAAAUGGAAACUGUCCAGACCGGUGAAACCAGCAGGAGUGAUUUGAACACACACUAGAGCAUGAACAACAACAGUACACCAUUGAUUAUAAUUGUCUUCACAUUUGCUAUAAAUUGCUGAUUAUUUUAAUGUCUCAGCAAAUGUAUAUUGGUUUUUGGCCUUAAAACAACCUCUUCUUUUUUCAGUCUAUUUAGCAUUGAUGGGCCAUUUGAUUCA